CCGCCCGGCGCCCCCCGCGGCCGGGGUGACGGCCCCCCACUCCUCUCUCUUCCGGCCCUCGCCUCGAGCACCAUGGGCCUAAGGGGUUCCCGAGGCGCCGGACGCUGAAGAUGACCGAUGCUGGAGCACCCUUGAGUCAUGGCUUCUUCAAAGCUCCGAGAGCCCAUGGAUGAGGUUUUUGACCUGGACUUGGCUGUGCCAGAGACCGCCAGACUGGACAGCAGUUUACACAAGGCCCGGGCCCAGCUGUUGGCCAAGGGCCGGAGACAUCGGCCCUCCCGCUCCAGGCUGCGAGAUAGUGCCAGCUCUGCGGAGGACGGUGAAGGCUCCGAUGGACCCGGAGGCAAGGUGACUGACGGCUGCGGGAGCCCCCUCCACCGGCUGCGCUCGCCUUUGCACUCGGGCCCGGGGUCACCUGCCGGGGGCUCUUUCUGCCUGGAGCCUCCGGGCUUGCGGCGCAGCCUGGAUGAGGACGAACCGCCACCCUCGCCGCUCACACGCUAUCGACCCCUGCACAACGCCGCCUCUCACGAGGGCCUGGCCGCCGCCUCCUGCUCGCCGCCACGCUCCGCGCCCUCCUCUGACAGCUCUCCCAGCUUCGUGCGCCGCCACCCGCGCCCGGAGCCGCACAGCGAAGAUGACAGCCGGGAUGCCAGCCCUCCUGAGCCCGCCAGCCCCACCAUUGGCCUGGAUAAGAAGACUCGCCGCAAGUUCCUGGACCUGGGGGUCACCCUGCGCAGAGCAUCCACUAGCAAGAGCCGCAAGGAGAAGGGCAGCAACCGCCUGUCCAUGGGCAGCAGGGAGUCUGUGGAGGGCUCUGGCAGGUCAGGAGCCUCCCCGUUCCUGCCCUUUUCCUGGUUCACAGACAGUGGCAAGGGUUCAGCGUCCUCGGGGAGCACCACCUCCCCUGCCUGCUCCCCUAAGCAUGAAGGCUUCAGCCCUAAGAAGUCGGCUUCCCAGGAAUCCACCUUGAGUGACGACUCCACGCCCCCCAGCAGCAGCCCCAAGAUCCCGAGUGGUCCCCGGCAGGAGACCAAGUGUUCCUACCCCUACCACACGCUGUCCCAGUCCUCGGAUGAGUUCCUGGAUGAACCCCUCCCCACUGUCCACCACUGGACCAGUCAGCAGGUGGGCCAGUGGCUACACAGCCUCAACCUGGAACAGUACGCCGCCGAGUUUGCCGCGCGGCAGGUGGACGGGCCGCAGCUGCUGCAGCUGGACGGAAGCAAGCUCAAGAGCCUGGGGCUCAGCAACUCGCAUGACCGGGCGCUAGUGAAGCGGAAGUUGAAGGAACUGGCAGCAGCCGCGGAGAAGGAGCGCAAGGCGCAGGAGAAGGCUGCGCGGCAGCGGGACAAGCUCCGGCGCCGGGAGCAGGAGGCCAAGAAGAGCUAGGGGUGGUGGGGCAGGCGCUGGCACCCAGGCACUGGCACUUAGGCACCGGGCGGCUGCCAGGCUCGGAGGCCACAGGCCUCACCACACCCGGGAGGUUGGGCCUGGGCAUCAAGCUUGAGCUGGCCUGGCCCCACGCUCUCAGGAGGGCACACACCCUCUCUCAUCGUCACUCUGUCUGGACCCAGAGCCCGCAGAAAGGGAGUCCCUAGGGAGAGGAGGGCCCAGUGACAAACUGAGCAGAGGACUCGUCUGGGCAGAGUCCCUGAGGAGGUGGCAGGUGAGGGAAGCAGCAGAGGAGGGCUGAAGUGAGUCUGGAAGCCCAGAGGAGCCUGAGUCAGGCCGGCCCUCUGCCCUCAGGUCAGGUCCCCUGCCUAGGAAGGGCCAGCUCCCAGGGCCGCUGCUGUGGCUGUGGCUGCCUGGUGAGAGCUCCACUCUGCUCCCCACGGAGGCCAGAGGGCACCGCAGCAAGUCACUCUCAGGGUCGACUCCCAGUCAGACUCCUCCACUGGAGAGCAGAGUAGGCAGCAUGGGAUAAGCACGAUCUUUGCAAGGACUUGGGAGAAGGACUGCCUUCUCCUUUUGCCCUUUCCUGCCCUGUGGGCUCCCAUAGGUGAGCUGACAUCCACCCACGCACGCAGGUCUGCCCCUCCUGGGGCCCAUUCAAAGCCGGCCAGGACCCACUUCUCCUGCUCCAGCAGAGGGCCUCGGGCCCUCUUGGGCAGAGCAACCGUGGGAGCACAGAAGACACCCCUUCACCACCACCACCACCACCACCACCACCACCAAUGCCUCAGUGGUACUGACUGGUGAAUCCUUACCCCAGCUAGGCAGAAAGGCAAAAUCUGGGGGUCCCCUAAAGCUGCUGGAUUGGAAGGACUCAUCAGCCCUCACCCACCUGUCCUGGUCAUGGUCAGGGCCUAGGUGGGCUCCGGAACUGACGGGUGGUCCAGGCUCUGGCCUCUGGGCUGCAAGGGAGGUAGGGCCAGGCCCUGAGGGUGGAAUCUGAGCGGCUAGAGAUGGCAUUUGGUCCUUUUCAGGAAACAGUGCCUGCCAGCAGGUGGCCCGGCUUCGGGGCACUGGUAGGGAUACCCACGGGGCCGGGGAUGGGGGUGGGGGGCUUCAGCUGAGAAGCCCCCUCCACCUCCUCCCGCCUGCCUGGAGCAGUGGGCAGGACGCAGUGCAUGCAGACACCCCUCAGUCCUGCCGAGGGCCCUGUGCCUGGGACUCAGCCCUUUCCUUCCCCGUUUGUGCUGGGAGGGGGGCUUCAGGGGGAAUGUGCGGUACAGGGACCCCGGCACCAUCCGGGCCUGCGGAGAGGCUGGUGUGCAGCCUGGAAGGCACCACGUCCUGGAAGCCGUCAGGAGCUACAGUGGUGCCCACCUGCAUGUGAGGGGGGAGGCGGUUCUCAGUUUAUUUCAAUAAACACUUACGAUGUGCCAGUGA